GCGAUCUGAAAAUGGAGUUUGAAAUUAGCUCCGACCCAAUACGCGCUCGGUAUGUUUUAUCUGGCACUGUCUCGAAAUGUUAUUCGUAAAGCUACAAGGCUAAACUGUCCAACCAACUUAUACCAAUCUUUGAAAUUUCGAAACCUAAGUUAUGCAAGCGGGUACACCAUUAUUGACCACUCAUUCGAUGCAGUAGUUGUUGGUGCAGGUGGUGCUGGGUUACGUGCAGGUUUUGGUCUUGCAAAUGAGGGUUUCAAAACUGCAAUAAUAACAAAGUUAUUUCCAACCAGAUCCCACACUGUGGCUGCACAGGGUGGAAUAAAUGCUGCCCUCGGUAAUAUGGAGCCUGAUGACUGGCGUUUCCAUAUGUAUGAUACUGUCAAAGGUUCCGACUGGUUAGGUGAUCAGGAUGCUAUCCAUUAUAUGUGUGAAGAGGCUCCAAAAGCUGUUAUCGAGUUGGAAAACUAUGGAGUACCUUUCAGUCGCUUAGAGAAUGGCAAAAUAUACCAGCGAGCAUUUGGUGGCCAAAGCAUAGACUACGGGCGUGGUGGUCAGGCCCAUCGAUGUUGUGCAGUUGCGGAUCGCACUGGGCAUUCACUCUUACAUACAUUGUAUGGAAGGUCAUUACGUUAUGAUGCUACUUAUUUCAUCGAGUAUUUUGUACUGGAUCUGCUCAUGGAAAAUGGCGAAUGUCGAGGUGUCAUUGCUGUGUGUUUAGAAGAUGGGACUUUGCAUCGUUUCCGCGCUAAGAAUACGGUCCUUGCUACGGGGUAUGUCGUAUUUUAUGUCUUCUAUCGGAUAGGGGUUAUGGUCGUACAUACUUUUCUUGUACUUCAGCUCACACUUGUACAGGCGAUGGCACGGCAAUGGUUACACGGGCUGGGUUGCCUAAUCAAGACAUGGAGUUUAUCCAAUUUCAUCCAACAGGUAAGUGUGGAAAUUUUCUGUAAUUUCGAAGGAAUUUAUGGGGCUGGGUGCUUGAUCACUGAGGGCUGUCGAGGUGAAGGCGGUUAUCUUAUAAAUAGUAAAGGAGAGAGAUUUAUGGAGAGGUAUGCUCCUAAUGCCAAAGACCUAGCCUCUCGUGACGUUGUUUCAAGAGCGAUGACAAUUGAGAUUCGUGAAGGACGAGGAGUUGGCCCAAGGAAAGACCACAUAUUUUUGCAGCUUUCUCAUCUUCCCGCUGAACAGCUACACAGCCGACUUCCUGGUAUAUCAGAGACAGCAAAAAUAUUCGCAGGUGUUGAUGUUACGAGGGAUCCUAUUCCCGUGUUGCCUACCGUCCAUUAUAAUAUGGGAGGAAUUCCUACAAACUACAAAGGACAAGUGCUGACCUAUGAUCCGGUUUCCAAGAAAGAAAAAAUUGUUCCUGGACUGUAUGCCGCUGGUGAAGCUGCUUCCGCAUCAGUUCACGGCGCUAAUAGACUAGGUGCCAACUCAUUGCUUGAUAUUGUUGUGUUUGGUCGUGCAUGUGCACUGGACAUUGCUUCGAAAGAUAAGCCUGGAGAUGCAGGUCCAGAAUUAAAGCCAGAUGCUGGAGAGGUCUCCAUCGCUAACUAUGAAAAACUGCGGACAGCGAAUGGGAAGUAUUCAAUUGCACAAGUUAGAUUAGAAAUGCAACGAACAAUGCAAGAGUAUGCUGCAGUAUUUCGUGAUGGUCCUACUCUCCAGGAAGGUUGUAAAAAAAUGUAUGAACUAUAUGCUUCACGAAUGAAUGAUUUGAAAGUUAGUGAUCGUAGUAAAAUAUGGAAUAGUGAUCUAAUGGAAGCAUUAGAAUUACAAAAUCUAAUGUUAAACGCAUUACAG